AUGAAUUCAAAUUCAAGUACUACUUCAAAGCGAACAACGAAUUCAAAAUCAAUUAAUACUUUAACCCGAACAACGGAUUCCACUUCAAAAAACAUAUCAUCAACAUCAUCCAAUAAAAAGAAAACAACACCCGGCAGACAAAAUUCGUUGCGGUGUUCAACUGCCGACGAUGUACUUGCACCUAAUCAGCGAUUAUCAUUAUCACCAUCAUUUUGCAAUGCACCCAAUGUUUCGAAAACUACGUUUCCUAUUCACUCUCUAGUGGAGGGCUCUCUUGAAUAUAGAGAAAUGAAGCGUCUGUAUUUAGGUGAAAAACAACAAACAGAAGAAUGGCGCAAGGACUGCAAUGUUCUGAAGCGACAAGUAGCUUAUCUCAAGUCGAGCACGAUUCUCUAUGUGCGUGGUCUUCAUAGGAAUUUAAAUUUUACAAGAACUGACAUGAGAAAAGCAAUAGGAACUUCAAUUAGAAGCGCAACAUGUGAAUUACGCAAAAUCGAACGUCAUCGACAACAUCAAUUGAAUUCUUCACAAGAUGAUGAGAAUGUAGAUUCUAAUGAAUCUGAUCAAGCACGAAACGCGAGCAACGACAUGGAAAUAUUUUCAGAUGGAGAUGGUGAUAUUGCAGACCCUGAUGAUGAUGUCGAUGACUUUGACAACGAAGACGAUGGUGCUAGUGAGAAAGAAGAUCUUGUGAAUUGUGAUUGA